CUUUUGCCAUCAUUUUUGGCAAGCAAAGGAAAUCACUAAAAAUGACAAGCAGGCGACUUGAAGAGUCCAUGGGGGCUGUUCAAAUGGGGUUAGUCAGAAUGCUUAAAGGAUUCCAAAGCAAGGUUUUGCCACCCCUGAGUCCUAAGGUGGUUACAGAAGAAGAAGUAAACCAAAUGCUAACACCCUCGGAGUUCCUGAAAGAAAUGUCCCUGACCACAGAACAGAGACUGGCUAAUACACGGUUGAUGUGCCGACCACAGAUCAUCGAACUCUUAGAUAUGGGGGAAACAACACAUCAAAAGUUUUCAGGAAUUGACCUGGAUCAGGCAUUAUUCCAGCCCUUUCCAUCAGAAAUUGUAUUUCAAAACUAUACUCCCUGUGAAGUCUAUGAAGUUCCACUGGUAUUGAGGAACAAUGACAAAAUACCAAGGAUGGUGAAAAUUGUUGAGGAAAGUUCACCUUACUUUAAAGUAAUCAGCCCCAAGGAUAUUGGCCACAAAGUCGCUCCAGGAGUGCCGUUCACAUUCCGAGUCCUCUUCACUCCGGAGGAGAACAAGGAUUAUGCUCAUAUGUUGACCUGUGUUACUGAAAGAGAAAAAUUUAUUGUACCCAUCAAAGCCAGAGGUGCACGGGCCAUCCUAGAUUUUCCUGACCAGCUGAAUUUUUCCACUUGCCCUGUCAAAUACAGCACUCAGAAGAUUCUGCUGGUACGAAACAUUGGCAACAAAGACGCUGUGUUUCAUAUCACAACUUAUAGGCCGUUCUCUGUAGAGCCAACUGUUGGAACUCUUACUGUGGGAGAGUCCAUGCAACUGGAAGUGGAUUUCAAGCCACAGACUGUGGGCAAUCACAGCAAAAGGCUUAUAGUGUAUUAUGACACAGGUGAAAAAAUGUUUGUAUCUCUGUAUGGAGCUGCUAUAGACAUGAAUAUAAGGCUGGACAAGAAUUCUUUGAUCAUUGAGAAAACCUACAUAUCUUUGGCCAAUCAGCGAACUGUAACUAUUUACAACCGCAGUAACAUCAUCGCCCAUUUCCAGUGGAAGAUAUUUGCUACUCAGGAAGAGGAAGAUAAAGAAAAGUAUAGGAUCUGUACGGAGCUCAUCAAAGAAGAAAAGAAUGAGACCGAUGAGUUUCUUGAAGAGUGUAUUAUCGAUCCUUCACUCCGAGAACGUCUUUCCAUUCUCUCCCGCACCUUUGAGAAUCAGAGAGGUCUGGUUCAGUCAGACAGCAUGCUCUUCUUGAAUAACAUUUUCAUUAUUGAGCCUCUGGAAGGUGAUGUCUGGCCCAACUCAUCAGCCGAAAUCACUGUGUACUUUAACCCUCUGGAAGCCAAGCUCUACCAAAUGACUGUUUACUGUGACAUUUCAGGUCGAGAGAUCCGUCUGCCCCUUCGAAUCAAAGGGGAAGGAAUGGGACCAAAGAUUCACUUCAACUUUGAAUUGCUGGAUAUUGGAAAAGUUUUUGUUGGAUCUGUACAUUGUUACGAGGCAACACUAUCCAACAAAGGCAGCAUUGACGCCCUCUUUGACGUGAUCUCUCCCACUUCGGCUUUGGGGGCCUGCUUUGUUUUCAGCCCCAAGGAAGGCAUCAUCGAACCAAGUGGAGUCCAGGCUAUCCAGAUUACCUUCAGUUCUGCCAUCCUGGGGUGCUUUGAAGAAGAGUUCCUGGUCAAUGUCAAUGGGUCACCUGAGCCUGUGAAACUGACUAUUAGAGGCUGUGUCAUCGGGCCCACCUUCCACUUUAAUGUUCCCGCUCUGCACUUUGGUGAUGUUUCCUUUGGGUUUCCUCAUACCUUGAUAUGUUCCCUCAAUAAUACUUCCUUGGUCCCCAUGACCUUCAAACUGCGUAUCCCUGGGGAUGGUGUUGGCCAUGAAAGUGUUUCAAAUUGUGAGCAAUAUUCAGACAACAAAAGACCUUGGAACAAGGAUGAAAUACCCAUAACGAAACCAAAAGAAUUCACCAUCACCCCAAACUGUGGCACCAUUCGCUCCCAAGGAUUUGCUGCUAUCAAGGUGACCUUAUGCUCCAACACUGUGCAGAAAUAUGAGCUGGCCCUGGUGGUGGACGUGGAGGGCAUUGGGGAAGAAGUGCUGGCGCUCCUAAUUACAGCAAGGUGUAUUGUUCCUACCCUCCGCCUGGUUAAUACAGAGGUAGACUUUGGGCGCUGCUUCCUGAAGUAUCCAUGUGAGAAAACCAUCCAGCUUGUCAAUCAUGAUGACCUCCCAGGAUGCUAUGAGGUUCUGCCUCAGGUAUGUGAGGACUCUCCUGCUGUGUUGCUCUCUAGUCCCAUCCCCUGCGGAAUCAUCCCUCCCCAAAGCACCAUUCACAUACCUCUGGCCUUGGAGACCCAGGUCACUGGGGAACACAUAUCCACAGUUUACAUCUCAAUCUUCGGAAGCCAGGACCCCCCUGUGGUGUGUCACAUAAGGAGCGUCGGUGAAGGCCCAGUUAUCUAUGUACAUCCCACUCAAGUUAAUUUUGGCACUAUCUACGUCUUAAAGGAGUCUUCCAGGAUUCUCAACCUAUCUAACCAGUCCUUCAUCCCUGGAUUAUUUAAGGCACGCAUGGCACGCAAAAAGUCCCUUUGGACAGUUGAACCCAAUGAAGGCAUCAUUCCCCCAGAAACUGAUGUUCAGCUGACACUGACUGCCAACCUGAAUGACAUACUGACAUUCAAAGACGUGGUCAUUUUGGAAAUUAAAGAUAGCAACACCUAUCGGAUUCCGGUCCAGGCUUCAGGAAUUGGUUCCACCAUUAUUUCAGAUAAGCCCUUUGCUCCAGAGCUCAAUUUGGGAGCAUAUUUUAGCCUGAACACGUAUUACUACAGCUUCAAGUUGACCAACAAGGGACGUCGAGUCCAACAGUUGUUCUGGAUGAAUGAAAAUUUCUGUCCCCCGGACAAGCUGAGCAAGAAGUGUGUGGCUAAGAAGAAACUCGCUAAGAGCCAGCCCCUGUGCCAUGGCUCCCAGGCACCCAAGGAUUUGCAGAGCCCCGUGUUUCAGCUUCAUCCCGUCAGGAUGGAGUUGUACCCAGACGAGACGAUCGAUGUGGUGCUUGAAGGCUACUCUGCUACUCCCAGGGUAAUCAGAGAAAAGCUGGUAUGCCAUGCCAUUGUCGGGGCACAAAAGAGGAAGAGCAUGGUGAUGACCGUGAAUGUCGUCUGUGAGUUUAUAGAGCCGCUUAUCCAGCUGUCCACCAAGCAGCUCUUGUACCGACUGGAGCAGAAACCAAACACUAUCUUGAAACCUGAUUACCAGCCCUUGGUCAUGAAGAACAUUUCCACUCUGCCUGUGAACGUGUUGCUCUCAACAAGCAGACCCUUCUUUAUCUGUGAGACUGAUAAAUCUCUGCUGCCCUUAACUCCUGAGCCUAUUAAACUGGAGAUUGGUGAAGAAAAAAGUCUGCUGAUCAAAUUUGACCCUUUCCACAGACACGAUCUAAACAACUGGGUGGCUGAAGAAACUCUAGCAAUCCAGUAUCUGGAGCACCCGCAAGUAGACAGCCUGACCCUGCGUGGGGAAGUACAUUACCCCAACCUCAGCUUUGAGACCAUGGAACUGGAUUUUGGGUGUAUUCUGAACGAUACUGAGGUGAUCCGCUACGUUACAGUCACCAACUGCAGCCCAUUGGUUGUGAAGUUCCGCUGGUUCUUCCCGGCGAACAGUGAGGAAAAUCAAAUAAGGACUGUCUUUGUGGAUGAAGAUUUUGAGUGUAAAGAAGGAAGACAGAAAAAAGCAGAAGAGCCCAACCUGAGCAUCUCAGAUGUGUUUGAUAUUUUGCCCCUCUAUGGAGAGCUGCAGCCACACAGUAGCCACCAGGUGGCUUUCACCUUCUAUGGACACUGUGACAUUGUUGCACAGGCUAAAGCUCUGUGCGAAGUGGAAGGAGGGCCCAUCUAUGAGAUAAUACUAAAGGGAGAGGCAUCCAUUGUCAGCUAUUGCUUUGACACCAAGGACAUUAGCUAUGGAUUACAGCUGUUUGACCAUGUCACAGAGAAUAAAAUCACACUGAAGAACACUGGCAAAGUCGGCUUUGAGUUCAAGGUGCUGACUGACUACCAGUCCUCGCCAGACAACCUCAUGCCUGGAGUGCCCCUGAUCCUGCCUCUCUCUGGUUUUAUCAGUUCACUUCAAGAGCAGGUGUUGAAGGUUUACUACUUACCUGGAGUACCUGAGGUCUUUCAAAGAAGUUUCCAGAUACAGAUUGCCCACCUGGACCCAGAAAAGAUCGCACUGAGUGGAGAGGGAAUCUUUCCCCGAAUCUGCCUCGACCUGCCCAGAAACCUCAAAGGAAAUGAAAAGUAUGAAACCUUCUUGAAUCAGGCCAGAAAAAACCUAGAAAAAGAGUUCAACAAAUAUGAAACAUUUGAUCACUUAGAGACAACUGAAGAAAUGCAUGAGGAUGAAUCUUCUGAGUUAAAUGCUCAGCUCGAGAUGGAAGUAGAGCGACUUAUAGUCCAAAACUAUGCCAUAGAACAUCAGAAAACAAUUAUCCCCGAUCCCACAGAUGAUGUCAGCCACUGGAGUCGCCUCAGACUGGCCAAGAUCCAGCUGCCAGAGUAUAUCCUGGACUUCGGCCACAUCAUCCUUGGUGAUGUCCGAACUCACAUCAUCAAGAUCACCAACACCAAUUACAUCCCAGUGUCCUUCCAUGCAGAAAAGCGCAUCCUUCACGACACAGGCUUUAGUACUGAGUUAGAUCGUGUAAAGAAUCUACCUUACUGUGAAACAGAAACAUUUGAAGUGAGAUUUGACACACAAGGGACCAAUCUUUCUGUUGGAAACAAAGAGGUCAUUCUGCCCAUCAAGGUGGUUGGGGGGCCAACAGUUCACAUCUGUCUGCAAGCCAAGGUGACCAUUCCCACUAUGACUCUGUCCUGUGAAAAAGUGGAGUUUGCCACGAUUCAGUGUGGACAGUGCCUUGUUGAAACUAUUCAGCUUUCCAAUCAUCUUCAAGUUCCUUGCGAAUGGUUUGUCCAGAGCAAUAAGCCAUGUAACAAGCUGGAGAAACACAUGCCAAAGUACUUAAGACAGAAACUACGUGCUGAAUUAAAACCAAAGACACGGAUCUUUGAGAUCCAGCCUGCUUCUGGGGUCUUGGAUCCUGGUGAAAGAUCCAACGUGCAAGUGAAAUUCAUGCCCAAAGAAGAGAAAUUCUACAGCCAAACCCUGAUGUUCCAGAUUGUGCACAGUACUCAGAAGCUUAUACUGCUGGCACAGGGGCGAGGUUUAGAGCCGCGCCUGGAGUUCAGUCCUUCAGUUCUGGAACUGGGGCCACUGCUGCCUUAUGCACCCGGAGACGAGGCAGAGGUGGUGGUGAAAAACCCCUGUGAUUUUCCCAUUGAGUUUUACUCUUUAGAAUUUGACCAGCAAUAUCUCAUAGAAGAGAAGAUCUUGCGGACGCUGAAGGGCUAUGAUUCCUACAACACCCUGCUGCUGCCGCCCCGCAUCCCUGGAGAGAAGCUGCCCCCAGAAGUGUACGAGUACUUUAAGGAGAUAAAGCAAUCAAAAGAGGAGCAGAUGAAGGCAAAAUAUCUGGAGACUCUGGCACAGGAGAAUGAAGACGAAGAUAUGCCCUUGUUGGACCAGGGAGCCUCCACCAGCUUGAAGAGGGCCUCAAUUAGCCACGGCAUCUCUGUCCUAUCUGACCUGGGGGAGCAGAACGAGUUCAAGACCAACCUCUAUGAAGAGGACGAUGAGGACAGCCUGGAAAAAAUCAUGUUUCAAACUGACAAAAUACAGAGCACUGACAGCCACUCCUCAGAGGAUGUUGGAGAAGUAGAGAACAACCCAGUGAGCAAGGCAAUCGCUCGCUACCUGGGCCUUGAUAUUUCUGCAGAAGGAAACAUAGCCAAGAACCAGAAAGGCAUUGCCAUUAUCAUCCAUGGGACACCCUUGUCAGGAAAGUCAGCCACGGCAGUCAGCAUUGCCAAGUACUACAACGUGGCCUGCUUGAACAUCGACUCCAUCGUGCUGGAAGCCAUUUCCGACAGCACCAUCCCAGGGCUCCGGGCCCGUGAGCUCUGCAUCAGGGCUGCCAUAGAGCAGUCCAUAAAGGAAGGAGAGGAGUCUGCCCAGGAGAUUGCUUCGAACCAAAUUGCCAUUGGGCAGGUACAACUGAGCACUGAGGCCCUGGGCAAGUUAACCUCAGAAUCCGCUUUGGUAAUCCCAGAAAUAAAAUCUGCAAAGCCUGUGCGUGGGAGCGUGCUGGUUGUCAAAAGCAAGGCAGAGAGCCACGGCUCUGGGUCUCAGAAGCAGCAUCAUCAGCACUCAUCCGAAACACCACAGGUUUCCUCCAGUCCUCUCCCCUCAGGGCCAACACCACGCCGGCUCAGUGUCAGCCCCAGUAUCGCAGGUGACACCGGGCUCCUGAGCUGUGUGCUGCCUGAGGAACUACUCACUCAGAUCCUGUCUGAACGUAUACAGCUGAGUGACUGCUACCGAGGGGUGGUGUUUGAUGGCCUCGAGACACUCUUUGCUCGGAACGCGGCUAUUGCCCUCCUCUGCCUCCUGAAGGCCAUUGGCAACCGGGAGCACAUCUACGUUCUCAACAUGGCCCAGGAUUACAUAGCCAUGAAGGCCCAGGAGAAAGCCAAAAGGGAGCAAGAAGAGGACAAACACAGGGAAAUGCUUGAGAAAGAGAAGGAGCGUCUCCAAAAUAUGGAUGAGGAAGAAUAUGAUGCCUUAACAGAGGAGGAGAAGAUCAUGUUUGAUCGAGAGAUUCAGCAGGCCCUCUGGGAGAGGAAGAGAAGGGAGUUGGAGAGAUUGGCAAAGGAGAUGCAAGAAAAGAAGCUGCAACAGGAGCUUGAGCGGCAAAAAGAAGAAGAUGAGCAAAAAAAGAAGGUCAGAAAACCAAAGCAAGGAGCAGCAAGGGAGGAAUCAUCCCUGAAGAAAUCCCAAACAGCAAGCCGGCAGACUCUUACUUUUUCCAAACUAGAGGUCAAAGCGGACUCAUUAGAAAGAAAAGUAUCUGAGAGGGAGCACAUAAUGACAGACAAGGAAGAACUAAUCAAGAAGAAAAAGAACCAGCUGACAGAUAACUACAUUCUUGGGACUCCUCUUGUCCAGGAACAAGAGGACAGUGAAGUGGAACUCCUGAAAGACACUGACAAGCUUUUGGCCCAAAAGUUUAAGACCUAUGAGUUGAUUUUGAAGGAUAUUCAGAACAUCCUCACAUACUGGGACCGGAAGCAAGGAGUUCAAGUGCCUCACAUUGGAGCUGAGGACCUGUCCCACGAGCCCAAUGACCAGCGCCAGAUUCCGUCGAGUGGGCGCAGAGGCCGCAAGGACCGGGAGAGGGAGCGCGCAGAGAAGGAGCGGGCGGAGAAGGAGCGCCUGGAGCGGGAGAAGGCCGAGAGGGAGCGGCUGGAGAAGCUCCGGGCACAGGAGGAGCAGAGCAGUGGAGGAGAGGGGGACAAGGAGGAGGACCACGAGGGGAAGAAAGAUCUAGGUGUGCCAUUCAUAAAUAUCCAGACACCUGACUUUGAAGCCUCCAGCUGGAAGCAGGCCCUGGAGAAUGACAGGCUUCCCAAAGCCGAUCAGAUCCUAGAUGUCUUGGGUCUGGGUUCCUCUGGACUGCCCAUUCCGCCUCCUGUCUUAUUCUCAAUCAUCUCCUACCCUGCGAAGCGGCUGCCCUUGGCCACAGCGGAAAUCCUGGAGCAUUUUGUGUUUGUAAUUCCACCAUCCGAAGAGCUCUCCCUGCUGGAGGAGAAAGUGGAGUCAGAAGGAGAGCUUUCAAACACCGCUGUCACGAACUCGGUGAAGGAGGAGAUGACCAUUGUACCUAAGGGAAGCAAACAGAAACUAAAAGAAAAAAUAGAACAGAUUCGUGAUACUCCGAAGGACAAACGUCACCUGGCCAUCAACAGGAAGAGCCUUUCUGGAGGAACUUCUGGAGCCAUUGCCUCGCCAUCAGACAUGGACCAGAACAAUUUGUCUGGACAGCACUCCCAGGAGAAAUUCCUCAGGCAGAAUCAUUUCCGGUGGAUUGUGCCAGCCAACAGCGAGGUGACGCUGAGAGUGCAGUUCUCUGCCAAUGAUCUUGGGAACUUUGACCAGACGUUCAACUUUGAGAUCCUUGGAACUCGCCGCCAGUACCAGUUGUAUUGCCGUGGCGUCUGCACUUUCCCAUAUAUUUGCCAAGACCCAAAAGUGGUAUUCCCUCACCGGAAGAUGGACAUGAAAUCAGACGAGAUGAUCUUUAAGAAGUAUAUUGUGAGCAAGGACAGGUUUUACUUUGGGCCACUGCUUUGUGGAAAAUCAAGAGAUAAGUACAAGUCAUCCGUGUUCCCAGGCAACAUGGAGACACUGACAAUCCUGAACAAUUCCCCAAUGGUCACAGAGGUGUUCUUCUGUUUCCAGCAUGAUGUCAAAGCAAACACCUACUUCCUGGAACCCAUGAACAUGAUUCUAAAACCCAAUGAAAAGCAGAUGCUGAAUGUAUGGGCCUACCCCACUGCAGUUGGUGUCUUUGAAGACAGCAUUGUCUGCUGCAUCAAGGAGAACCCAGAGCCAGCCAUCUUCAAACUAAGCUGCCAGGGAGUCCGCCCAGAACUGGAGGUGGAGCCCAGACAACUGCAUUUUGAUCGCCUUUUGCUGCACAGAAAAGAAUCCAAAGUAGUUCUUCUCCGCAACGUCACAGCCCUGCCCGUGGCCUGGCGGAUCACCAGCCUGGAGCACCUGGGUGACGACUUCACCGCAUCCAUGAUGCAGGGCACCAUCCCCGCCAAGGCCGAGUACAGCCUGCAAGUGCACUUCCAACCCUCCAAACCCGUCAUCAUCAAGAAGGCGAUUCGGUUGGAGGUUUUAGACACAGACAACCUUGUUGGAGUUGUUCAGAUUGAAAACAUCCUGGUCCUUGCAGAAUCCUAUGAUAUUGCCUUGGACAUCACCUUCCCCAAAGGAGCUGAAGGAGGCCUCGAUUUUGGGAUCGUGAGGGUCAUGGAGGAGGUGAAGCAGCCCCUGCAACUGAAGAACCGUGGGAAAUACGAAAUCAUGUUCAGCUUUUCUGUGGACUGCGUAGGGAUUCCUGUGACCAAUGUAAAUUCUAUGAUUUCAGUCCAACCCAAGAAGGGCUCACUGACCACAACAGAAAAGCCCACAAAUGUUCAGGUGUUCUUUCAUUCAAAAAAGGAAGUGAAGAUAGAGCAACAGCCAAUCCUGCGGUGCCAGAUCAUUGAGCCCAAUAUCGCAGAAGGAGGCGAGUUCAUUGCCAGCAUCCCAAUUAAGUUUUCUGUGAAUGCAGUGUUCUCUAAAUACAACAUCAGCCCCUCCUCCGUCAUCAACUUUGGAGCCUUGAUCUGUGGCACUCGUAAAAGUACCUCCUUCACCAUAGAAAAUCAAGGUGUUAUUGACUUCAAGUAUGGCCUUUAUAGGAUGACAGGGGUGAGCUCCAUUCACCAAAAGAAAGUAACCAGCCAUAUUAGGCAUGCAAGGUCCCGGGAAAGCGAGAACUUCUAUAAGACUGGCUCUUCCAAAGCAACCAAGUUCUCUGAGUCUGUUCAGAAAGAACUAAACAUUGCUAGCCAGGCUCGCUUCAUCCAUGGCAUGUUCACCGUGUACCCUGGGUUUGGCUCCAUCCCUCCUGGAGGAAUGCAAACCAUCACUGUUGACUGUGUGGCUGAUCCCGUGGGCAAGUGUGAGGAGUUUAUAGCUAUUGACAUCUCUGACCGAGACCCAACAGACCAUCCUGCUGGCAUUCCUUACAGCCUUUUGGCGGAAGCCUGUGUACCAGCCUUCGUGACUGACAUCAAUGCCUUGAUAUUUGAGGAGCACCAGAUCUGUAGCAGUGCCAACCUAUACAGCAUGCUGCAGACCACAGAGACCAGGGGGCUUUUUGUGGAGGAUGAAAACAAGUUCAUGUUCAACAACGUCCUGGUGGGCCAUCAAGCCAAGGCUCGGUUCAAGAUCAGCAACGUGGGGAAGAUCGCCUGUGAUGUGAACAUUGUAGUUAAGCCUAUCUCCAACAAGAUCACUGCCCGCAUCGUUGACAUCUUUGAAGUGGAACCCACCAAGAUGUGUAUUGCCAGUCGGUCACAUGCCUUUGCCACAGUGUCCUUCACCCCCCAGACCAUGCAGACCUACCAGUGCAUCUUCGAGGCUACCUUGGAUGGCUUGCCCAGCAACCUGACCAAGAACCGAAGCCUCGUGUUUGAUAUCGUGGGAGAGGGGAACCUCCCUCGAGUGACCGUGGUGCAGCCAGUUCUCCAUAACCAACACGGAAACCCCUUGCUCCUCUUUAAGAGGCUUCUUCUGGGUCAUUCAGAGAAACUACCUCUCAUCCUCAAGAACAAUGGCACUAUCCCUGCCCAGCUGCAUGUUGACCUGCAGGACCAACUAGAAGUCUUCUGCCUGAAAGGGAGGCCCACUACCUCCUAUAUCUACAUCAUAGAGGAAAACAAACCCCACGCAAAAGCAAAGAAGGCUCACACUGCCUCCCUGAUUGUUGCUCCUGGAGACACAGCUGAAUUUGAUGUUGUUUUCCACUCGGGAAAUGUUGGGAGAAUGACAGGCACGAUCCACUUGUCGGUGAUCGACAACCAAUACGAGAACACAAUCAUCCACAUGGUGGGAGAAGGCUACGAGGACGACAUCACCUUGGACAACAUCCAUGGGCUGGUAACUUCCACCAGCCAGGAGGCCUCAGAUAUCCCUGAGGUCACCGAGGAAACAACCAUGGAAGACUUGGUGGAAGCUGCCCUGGUGGACCACAUUCAGUUUGGGGACUGCCACAUUGGAAACAGCUAUAACGUGAGCUUCACAGUCACUAACCACAGCCAAGUGAAUGUGAUACGGUUUGAAUGGCCCAUUUUAGCUACAGUUUCCUUUUCCCCACAGGUAGGCCACCUCCACCCUGGGUGUGCCAAGGACAUAGUAGUAACCGUGAAGUCAGAUGUGCCCAUCAACCUGAACAAGAUGGGGGUCAAGUGCAAGCUGUCCAAGAUCAUGUUUCAACAACCUGCGGACCAGGUUCCCGACUGGGAUGACCGCAUGCGCACAGUCAAAUGGAUGGAUGUGCCCAGAAGCACACCUGGGACUUUCACCACAAAACGAAAAGUGGUAGAGACGGACCCUGAGCCUGCUCACUCAGUGCUGGAAGAAAACUACCGAGAACUGCAGCUUCAGAUCAGUGCCAAUGUGAAUUUCGCAUCGUACCAGUGCAAAACGAGCGAAGUGCGCUUUAAGGGAACGCUAGUUUACCAGACCCGAGUGUUUCAGUUGGAACUGAUCAAUACAGGAGAUGUGCAGCUGGAAUUCACUUGGAUCUCAGAAGAGACAGCGAAGGCUGUCAGCUUUGCAGUGCCAGAUAACCAAGGUUCCUCUCAAAAAGAUCAGCUGAGCCAGGGCACACUCCCCACUGGCAGCACUCUGGACAGUGCCAUGGACCAUGGGAACGGAGCUCCCCAGCUGCCCUUUUCUGUGGUGCCCAUCUCAGGCAUUGUGCCUGUGGGGAAGACUGAGAAGAUCAAAGUGAAAUUCUCCCCGUUGGAGGUUGGAGACUUCGAGAGCAAUCUUCUCUGCCAGAUUCCCAACCUGCCACCUGGAGAGCAAGGCCCAGUGGUAUCAGCCAAAGGGCGGAGCAUCUUGCCUGUGUGUCAUUUUGACCUGAAAGACUCAGAUUACAUCAGUGGACACCGGCGCAACCCAGAUCUCCGAGGGCCUGGUGGUGGGGCUCUGGACCCAAACACCCGGGUGAUUGAGUUCACCAGUGUGGGCAUAGGAGGGAAGAAUCUCCGGAGUUUUACAAUCCUCAACCCAACCAUUAGCACCUAUUCCUUCUGUUGGGUCUCUGAAGAAAUUGAAAGUCUCCAGAACCCUCCAGCCUUCACAUGCCUUACAGAGAAGGGCUUCAUCCACCCUGAUAAGAAAGCUGAGAUUGUCUUCCAGUUCACGCCUUUCCAUCUGAACAUCACAGAAGCUUUCUGGACUUUCUUAAUUCCUGAACACAACAUCACAGUCCCCUUCCUGCUGGUAGGCAAAGCCUCUGACCCUCUUAUCAACCUGGACAAGUCCCACCUCAACUUCAGUUGUCUCCUCAUUGGCCGCGAAGCCAGAGAGACCGUGCACAUCAUCAACAGGGAGGAGCAGGGGUUCAGUUUUGCCUUCCAGGACAACUCCCGAUACUCGGAAGGUUUCAGCGAUAGUCUGGUCGUAUGUCCCAUCGAAGGCUGGCUCCCACCUCUGUCCAGGUUACCAAUUGAUAUUUUUUUCACACCAACGCAAGAAGGAGAUGUGAACUUUAAUUUGAUCUGCAAUGUAAAAAAGAAAGCCCACCCUUUGACCUUAAAUGUCAAGGCUGAGGGCUACACUAUGAAUGCAGAGGUCAAGUGCAAAGACAGGACUGGCUUGGUCACUCUCUUGGCUCCCAAUCAGACUACGAUUGUCAACUUCUAUGAGGUGGAGUUAAAUGAAUGUGUCCAGUGUGAAUUCACCUUUAUCAACACUGGAAAGUUCAACUUCAACUUUCAGGUAGAGCUCUCUGGCCCCAAAGCCCUGCUGCAGUACCUGGAGUUUUCACCCACUGAUGGCACUGUGGAUGUGGGGCAGAGUGCCCCUGCCUUCCUGUCUUUCCAACCAUUUAAGAAAUGUGUCCUGAAGGGUGUGGAACUCAGAAUAAAGAUAAGCCACGGUCCAACCUUUAUAUGCAGCAUCUCAGGUUGUGCUGUGAGCCCCGCUGUCCAUUUCUCCUUCACCAGCCACAACUUUGGGACCUGCUUCAUUUACCAAGCCGGGAUGCCCCCAUACAAACAAACCCUGGUCAUCACCAACAAGGAGGAAACGGCCAUGAGCAUAGACUGUUUGUACACCAAUACCACCUACCUUGAGGUGAACUUCCGUGUUGAUGUGAUAAAGCCAGGAAAGACACUGGAGAUUCCAAUCACCUUUUAUCCUCGAGAAAGUAUCAGUUAUCGAGAACUCAUCCCCUUUGAAAUCAAUGGGCUCUCACAACAAGUAGUUGAAAUCAAAGGGAAAGGCACCGAAAUGAAGAUUUCAGUCCUAGAUCCAGCCAAUAGAAUCGUGAAGUUAGGAGCUGUCCUGCCAGGACAGGUUGUGAAAAAAACAGUUUCCAUCAUGAACAACAGCCAAGCCCAGCUCACAUUUAGCCAGUCAGUCCUGUUCUCGACUCCAGAACUCCAGGAACCUAAGGUCAUCACCUUGGUACCAUUCCGCAACAUCACUCUGAAGCCCAAAGAAGUCCGUAAGCUGGAAGUCAUCUUUGCCCCGAAGAAGCGUGUCCCGCCCUUCUCCGAGGAAGUGUUCAUGGAAAGCAUGGGGCUCCUGCGCCCCCUCUUUCUCCUCAGCGGCUGCUGCCAGGCCCUGGAGAUCUCCCUGGACCAGCAGCACAUUCCCUUUGGACCAGUCGUGUUUCAGACGAAAGCCACGCGUCGCAUCCUCAUGUUGAACACGGGCGACGUGGGUGCAAGGUUUAAAUGGGAUGUCAGAACAUUUGAGCCUAAUUUCUCCAUCAGACCAGAAGAAGGCUAUAUCACUACUGGUAUGGAGGUUUCUUUUGAAGUGACCUACCAUCCCACAGAGGUGGGCAAGGAGAGUUUCUACAAAAAUUUGCUCUGCUUCAUCCAGGGAGGCCAUCCUCUGAGCCUAACUCUGUCUGGAGUCUGCGUGGGACCACCUGCAGUAAAAGAGGUGGUAAAUUUCACCUGCCAGGUACGCUCCAAGCACACACAGACCAUCUUGCUUUCAAAUCGCACCAACCAGACCUGGAAUCUGCACCCCAUCUUUGAGGGUGAGCACUGGGAGGGGCCUGAGUUCAUCACCCUGGAGCCGCAUCAGCAAAACAAGCCCUAUGAGAUUACCUACAGGCCCCGUACCAUGAACCUGGAGAACCGCAAGCAUCAGGGCACCCUAUUCUUCCCCUUGCCAGAUGGGACUGGCUGGCUGUAUGCACUGCAUGGGACUACUGAGCUCCCCAAACCCGUGGCCAAUAUCUACCGUGAAGUACCAUGUAAGACACCCUACACUGAGCUCCUGCCAAUCACCAACUGGCUGAACAAGCCCCAGAGAUUCCGGGUCAUUGUGGAAAUGCUGAAACCGGAGAAGCUAGACCUAAGUGUCACCCUAAAGGGCCUUGACUACAUUGAUGUACUGUCUGGAUCCAAGAAAGACUACAAGCUGAAUUUCUUUUCCCAUAAGGAGGGACUAUACAGUGCAAAGGUGAUCUUCCGAAACGAGGUGACCAACGAGUUCCUACACUACAUGGUGAGUUUCAGGGUCAUCCCUUCAGGCAUCAUCAAAACCAUCGAGAUGGUGAGCCCCGUGCGGCAGAGCACAUCAUCCUCCAUCAAGGUGGAGAACCCGCUGCCCUACUCAGUGACCUUUGCAGUGGAAUGCAGGGUGCCUGACAUCAACCUGCCCUCCCAGUUUGUGGUGCCUGCUAACUCCGAGGGCACUUUCACCUUUGAAUUCCAGCCCCUGCGAGCUGGGGAAACCUUCGGGAGACUAGUUCUGCACAACAGUGAUUUGGGUUACUACCAAUAUGAGCUCAACUUGAAGGCUCUGCCAGCACUGCCUGAAAAGCCCAUCCGCUUCCAGGCUGUUCUUGGCAGCGGCCAGAGCACCUUUGCCAAGAUCAUCAAUUACACCCGGCAGAAGACAGAGUACUACUGCAGGACCGACUGCCUCGACUUCCACACGGAAAAGGUCAUUAGCGCAGCCCCGGGGGCUCAGGGAGGCACGGAAGUCAGUGUGGAAGUCUAUUUUGAGCCCAGCCACCUGGGUGAAACCAAGGGCAUCCUGAGCCUGUCAUCAAUUGCAGGCGGGGAGUACAUCAUCCCCCUCUUCGGAAUGGCUCUGCCCCCCAAGCCACAAGGCCCCUUCCUGAUCCGAGCCGGAUACAACAUAGUCAUCCCCUUCAAGAACGUUUUCUACCAAACGGUCACCUUCUCCUUCAUCGUGGAGAACCCAGCCUUCUUUGUUCGUGCUGUAGACACCGUGCGGCCCAAGAAGAUCAACAACAUCACAGUCUACUUUGACGGAAACCCAUCUGGCAGCAAAACACCCAUCACCAGCAAGCUGAUUGUGGCGUGCCCUCCCGGCGAAGGCAGAGAAACAAGAAUUAAAUGGGUUUAUUAUCUGAAGGGGAUCACCCCUUAG